CAUACGCUCAAACCGCGUGAGCGCUGAAAGCGGCCGUUUUUCCCAAGAAGCACGCUUCGUAGUUUCCGUGUUGUGGCCAUACGACGUUCAGUAUCGUUCAAAAUGCGUUUGGGUGUGCAGCGCGACGCUGACGACCGGUAGACGAUCCCUGCGAGCAGCGGUCAUAACUUAUUGUUACGAUAUUUACGCGCGUUCGUCGUUAUUAUUAUUAUAACUGUCUUCUAUCUGAUAACCGAUGGUAAAGUAGUCAGAGUUGACCGUGGAUUUCAAAAAAACAGCAUCUGAAAUGCAUUCGAGUACCGAUCAUCAUGGGAAUAUGAUUUAAACAGAAAAUGGUGGAAAAUGGCAAUUUCACAGAGCUGAACUACGGUGACACGCCAUAUCCGGACGAUGGAACUCCGUGGUUGGAUACACCUACGUCCAACCAGGUGUUGGGCGUCGAAGAGACCGAAGAGACGUCCACCGUACCGUCGGAAAUGAUACCCACGGGAACCGGAGGUCCAAUUGUUAUACGGACCGAAGAGGCAUUCAUUGUCAUAUGUGUGAUGAUACUAUGGGUGGCGGCCAUUGCAUUGUUCUUCAAUCGAUGGGGUAAAAUUCGCAUGCUUGAACCAUACCAACCGAAAUUCCAUGAAGAAGAACACCGUCCAAGUUGUCCAAUGGUCGAAUUGGCAAGUGCUUCGGGAAUCGGUCAUAGUAUAACCGGAGGGCACCGCACGUCGUUCUCCAAGUUCAACGUGAACAGUUGCCUGGAACCGUCGGCCAUUUUCCAGACGAUACAGCCCACGCAUCGGGCCCUGCAGAUCCGACCGCGGCAGAACUCCAUGUUCGCGGGCGGCGGCGCGUUGCCGGGCUCUUGCGGCCCGUCCCAGCUGACCGGCGGCCACUGCACGCUGAUGGCCGGCCGGCCGCGGAAGGCCAAGUCGGCGGCCGACAUCAAGUCGCUGGUUCAGCACGAGUGCGGCCCCGCCCGGACCAGCCGGUCCAUGUUGCCCAUGACCGUAGGCGCGGCCGCCGUGGCCGCGGUGGCCGAGCGCCGCGUGUCCUGCGCCGCGCCCACCACCACGUCGUCGUUCGGCGGUUACGGUUGCGGCGGCGGCGCCGGCGCCGGUAGCGGUCACGGUUACGGUUCGCUGUCCGUGGCCGCGGUCAAGGAACGCCGGUCGUGCAGCCUGUUCCCGUCGUCCGGUUCCGCGGCCGACAAACGGUUCUUCUCGUCGUCGUCGUCCACCAACACGCCGCCGGCCCCGUGCCUGUGCGACGUCCCGUUCGGCCAGCCGUCGUCGUCCUGGGCGUCGGCCAAACGCGACUUCCUCAUGACACCGUCCACGUCGCUGGGCGGCGGUUCCGGUUUCGGCGGCGGUGGCAUAGCGGGUGGCCGGCGGACGUCCUGCGGCAUGGACCACCUGUGCCCCACGUCCAUAACGCUUAAGGACCGUCGGCCGUCGUUCAACAACGUCAUCGCUCAAGUGACGGCCGAACGGCGCCCGUCGUCCAGCAUGCUCAGGAUCAGCAACGUUUAACGCGGCACAGUUGGCUGCAUGACCGGAAGCGAUAAUGUUGUGGUUUGCGAUAUCGUCGUAAUAAUAUUAUAUCAUAAUUAUUAUCGUCGUUAUGGUGUUGAGCGUAUUGAUAUUACUAUGACGCUCGACGACUUACAAAAAAAUCCAAUUUUUUUUCUCGUUCUCACAAAAAAAAAAAAUGCUUAUACGCUCGACGCCGUACGACUUUAAUAACUGAAAAAUUAUUUUUUAUCACCCUCGGAAUCUGAGUUGUCGAGACUCCAUUGUAUUCCUAUUAUAAUACGAUAGCGUUUAACAAUAAUAUACGGGUUUCGUUUUCAAAAAGAUAAAUCUACACGCGCGUGGGUUUUAUGGAUUGGACCUACGUGACCUGCGUCGGUUUAUUUUAAAUUUAAUUAUUGUAUGUAUAUUUUGUAUUUAAAUAUUAUGUCAUGUUGUACCUAUAAAAUAUAUUAUUAUUAUCCCGUCAAAAAAGUGCCCAAUACACUCGAUAAAAAAAAAAGAAAAAGUAAUCAUUAUAAUUUAUAAAUGCCAACUAUAGCUGAUAGUCGAAAUUAAAUUUAAACAUGUUGUAUAAUUAAAUUGGGAAAUACAAAUUCAACAAAGAGAAAUAAGUUACACGUUUUAUUAUCAAGAAACAUGUUCACAUUCCCCAGGGACAUCGUGCUUUUUAGUUCAAUUACAUUAUGUACCUACCCACAUGAUUGGUGCAGCAUAAUAACGAAUUUUAAAGAAAAAGUUUUUCUACAACAUUACAGAACUUAAUAUUACAAAAAAUACACAAAUUCCCUUCACACACAAAAAUAUGUGAUUGACCCGUUCUCCUAAAAAAAUCCAUGAACACAAUACAUAAUUUAUAAUAUAGGUACAGUGUGUUUUUCUUUUUGUACCUAAAACUAUUUUUAUGCUUAAAUUUUGGAUUAAAUCAUAUUUAGAUUUUUAAUUUUUAGGUAUACUCAAAGUUUAAAGCUAUUUAUUUUUAAUGAUUUUUUUAAGUGACAAUUUAUUUGAUCAAAAUCUUAUUUGAUUUUUAAAAAAUUCUGUAUAAGUACAAGGUGGUAGAGGUGUAUAUUAAUGAAACAAUAUAUUUUAAACAACAAUCGUAGGUACAACCGUUUACGUCAAUAAGUGACAGUGUAAUGAAAUUUCAGUGAAACGAUAUUGUACACCAUCAUAAUAUUAUAUGUAUUUCCGAGCUUAAUCAUUUCCAAUCCGAAGAAACGUCGUGUUGUCAGUCUCUCGAAGAUUACGUGCCCAAGGUGGUAUGUCAAAUUAAGACACACAUCGUGUCACUUAUAUUAUUCACAGGUUUCAUAUUAUAGAUCUAUAUAUUUGUUAUUCAUACGCCUCUGCGAUCGUUGUUUGAGUUAUUUACAAUGUAGUGUAUUAACAUAUAAUAUUAUCACUACUAUUUUUAAAGAAUAUAUUAUAUAUUAUAAAAUAUGAUUUAAUAUAUUUCAGAUUCAAGUAUAAAAAUAAGACGAUUUAAAAAAAAAAAACACAUCAUUAUUUAUAUAAAAAUGUAUUAUUAUUGAAUUCUUAAUAAAAUACGUAACGAAAAAAAUCAUGCCCGCAAUAACCACAUCUAGUGUUAUCGUAAAAAUAUCAUAAAUAACCAGUUCUAAUAUCCAAUAUUAUACUAGAUAAUAUUAAUUAUAUUAACAUGUAGUUUAAAAUACUAAAUACACCUUUAAAAAUGUCUCUAAUAAUAGUCACCGGAAAUGUUUCCGGUCACAGAUAUAAAUACUUAUCAAGUUUUCUCGGUCUACUCGUUUUGUUAACGGCUAAGUAACACGCUAUAUUACAUUAUAAUAUAGUCAUUAAAUUAAUUUGUUUGACUUUAAGUUUAAUUCUUGUCAAACGAUAACAGUAGUAAAAAUGGUUUGAUAUUUGAUGUUUUCUUUUUAUUGAUUGAUGUUUAAAUCUAAACAUAAAAAAAAAAUGAAAAUGUGUGAGUAUGUCAAUUUGAUUACACUAAAAACUUUAUUUUCUUACAUAAUAUCGAAUUUUAAUAUCAUAACAAUAAUUUAUAACAUAAUUUUAAAUAAUCAUAAUAAUCAAUAUUAUAUAAUAUCUAACGAAAGUUAAAUAGAAACGCUGCAUGCCUGUAAAAUGCGUUUUGGAUUUGAUCGGGAUAAACGUGUGUGUUAAUUAUACGAUUGGCGAGAGUGCGUCCAUGAGUUCGGCUGAUGAUAGUAAAUUAAUCGUGUAAAUCCAUUGGUUUUACUACAAAGACGACACAAGCUAUACCCAUCAAUGACCAUAGUUUUGACGCAUUUUGUAAAUACGAUUUUCUGCGACGAUACAAAAUAUGUACAAAUACAUAUGUUUCCGCUUAUAUAUUAUUAUUAUAGCCCGUUUGUUAUUUUGAUUUCGUGUAAAGAGAAUAGGGUAGUAUUUUCGAUAUGAACGCAACGUGAUCUCUGCCUUUCAACUUAAACACACGUUAGAGAUAAAAUGUAUUAAUCAUCAUCAGUGGCGGUUAUAAGGGGGUAGUUGGUGGAUCCCCCUCCCCCCUUGAGAUUUGAUUUUGUAUAUUUAUGUAUAUUUAUGUAUAUUCCAUAUUAUUUCUAUAUACUAUAUAUAUUAUAUAUAUUAACGAUAUGUGGUGGGAGAGGGUUGGCUUUAUUUUCGCACCCCUCUUGAAUAAUCACAUAUAGCUCAUGUAGUCAUGUAUAAUCGCCACUGAUCACCAUAAAACGUUAUCCAAAUUCACUGUAUUGUGAACCACACAUAUUACAUUUAUCGAAAACCAUAUAAUAUAAAUCGCAUGAACACCACAACGGACUUGUGACGUACAUUAUGAAUUAUGCUUUAUUAUACGAUAUACGCACUAAUAUAAAACAAUAAUAUGUAUUAUUGUAUAGGUAUCAACAUUCAACAUACAUUUUAAGAGCGUUAGUACGCGUUUUAAACGAUAAAAUUAUUGUAUUAAUUAUAAUUUGUUUAUAAAAUAUAAGUUAAUAUUAAUUUACAAUAUUAUAAUCAUUAUUUACAUACGCUAUAAGGAGAAAUAUAAAUAUAUAUAAGUAGGUGAUAUCUUAAGACCAUUACAAUAUAUUUAAAACUACAGUUGAAAUUUUUAACAAUUUAGCAUUUGCACUUAUUACUGUCGCAACGUCGUUGCAAAUAUUAUGCAGUAUUGUCUCAACGAAUAAGGCCAAUUUUACUAUCGUUUUAUCAAAAACCGUGUUUUUUAUUCGUCUGUCUGUCAUUAGUGUUAUCGUCGUAAUACGAUAUAAUUUUACUACCACUUCAUUAGACGAAUACAAUAUUAUUAUAUAAUAAUAUAUUUAAGUUUGACCGAUGUCGUUAGCUCAUGGUGAUAAUUGAAACGCCAUUACUAAAACUCGGCGACAUUCGCAGAACGGUUGAGGACAUGCGAUUAUUUAUAUCAUUUUUAAAUCUAGUUUUGUUUCUACGUUUUCAAAACUCAUUACCAUAGUUAAACAAUAUUCAAGUAGCGUGGGUACAUUUUUCUUUCAUAAUGACCUUCGAUGAGGCUACAUAAUUGACGAGCACUAUACUAUAUAUAUAUACACAUCCCUAUAAUAUUACUGUAUAAUAUUAUGACGUGCUGGAGUCGAAACCAUUUUUUUCUCGAAUUCAUUCCCUAAAGUCAAAUACCUCCUUCCAAUUAAUAAUAAUACAUAAGGGACAGCAGAUAGCGACGAAGAGAGUAUUAAUUGUCAAUACACAAUUAAAGUUGUAUAACGCAGCUCUAAAGCACAACGAGUUUCAUUUUAAUUGGUUUUAUUUUUUACCCGACAUCAUAAUAAUAUUAUAAUGUACAUUUUUUCAUAAGGGUUUGAAUAUCUACCACGUUUUUUUUUUUAAUUGUGCACUUUAGUUAAUGUUUCCCUCUAUGGACACCAGUAUGAGGGGUAAAAUAAUUAAAUGUACGGUAGUGUAGAGUAAAAAAUGACAAAAACAGACUAAUGUAUUUGAAAAGUCCUCUAUCGGAGUGUAGGGUGAUAAAAAAAUCAGGUGUACCUAUGAUUACACGUUGGAAAAAAUAGAGUUUUAUAUCAUUUAUUAUUUAUGAAGUAAUUAUUUCGACAUAAAACUUAACCGUUAGGAAUAAAACAAUAAAUUGAAGGACUCGAUAAGUCAUACCAGAGUAAUGCUUAAAGAUUUUGAUUUGUUUGACUUUUAAUGCAUCAUUUAGAUAAUGUAUUGCAAAAACAAUGUUAUAUAUAAAUUGUUUUUGUUGUUAUUGGUUUUAUUGUGAGUGUACCACUGUCCGUGUUUUACCCGAGUGCCCAUACCGAAUCUGACAUCGUUUGCCAAUAACGGUAUAAAAGUUUUUAAAUUGAAAAAAUAACCACUCGCCAUGCGUGGAACUUUUCUGGGUUACUGGCCAAUCAUAGCACAGGUACUUUGUUUUUAUUUAUUUAUUAAAUCCCAGGCGAUCAAUUAAGCAUAUUAUACACAGUAGGCAGGACGUAGGUAACUAAUAUAUAUACGAAAAGAUUACCAUAUUCGCCAUAAAAGCUAAAACUAUUACAAAGUUGUUAGACUGUUCGGCAGAAACGAGUUGAACAACCGUUAUUUGUAUUCAGAAUUACACAUUUUGACAUAAAUUUGGUAUGUACAACGAUUACUUGAAACAUAUAAGACGGAUAUAUUAUAUUGGCGAACGAACGUUGAUGAGAAAAAACGUCUCUAUAAUAAUUGUUUGAAAUAAAAAUACGGGUUGCGCAAUCUAAAAAUUAAAAAAAAAGGGUUCUGUGUGAUAAAAUAAGCGAAAGCAAGAAAUAAUAACAAUAUCAUCACGGAAAAAUGUAAAAUAACGUGAUUGUUUUUUUUUUAGCUUAAAACAAAAUAUUUUUACAUAAGACAAUCGGCUUAUAUGAUCAGUAUAAUUAAUAAUUCGUGUAGUGUGCUUAUCGAAAAACGUAAGAACAAAUAGUGUGCCAGACUAAAACUGAUCCCACUUUGAGCUAAUGCGCGCGCGUGUAAUCUCCUCGUAAAAACGGCAUGCGAUACAUUUUGAGAACAAUUAUUAUCGAAAACUGCUCGGACGUUUCAGUCGACUUAAUGACGCGUGUAAAGUGCUGCUCUAUAUACAUGGCGUAUACGUAACGGUAUCGGAGAACGUUAUUUACUACCAUUGCGUCCCAUUUUAUUGUUUUUCGCUAUUCGUUAUUUUUUUAUUUAUUUUUGAAAACUUGCCCACGCCAUCCGUAACACAGAUCAUACGAUUUGACCUAAGCAGUUAUAGUACCUUAUAAUAAUAUAUACGUAUUGGACUAGCACAACACACAUAAACGUAUUUCACUUAUCGAGUGUGUAUUAUAUUUGAGAUAUCAAAAAAAUUGAACGUUUAAUUAUUAUAUUUUGUACAUUUUGAACUGCAACCAUCGCUAAUAGUCUUAACUAUUAUUUCCAUUGAUAUUUCAUUUUAUUUUUUUUUUUAAUAAUUUUUAAACAUAAAUUUGAAAAAUUAAAUUCGGUUUUUUUUUUUUGAUCAUCAUCUCGCUAUUCACCAAGAAAAUAUAAAUAUUUUCAUUCCACUAUUGUUUUCUAUUCAAGUAAAAAACACAAUCCUACUUGUGUAAAAGAACAAAGAACGUUUCAUUGGAGUUUCGAGAAACACAAUGCUAAAAACAGUGGCGAAAUGAAAAAUAAAAACUAAACGUCAACCUAUAUGGCUUACAUUAGACACUAUUCAACCUAUGCAUUCACCACCCACACUAAAUAACGGGAGUGUCAAACAUUUUUUUUACGCGAGUGUGUGUGUGUGGCCGCUUAUUCCCGACAAAAAUCAGCUUGAUAAAUAUAAUGGUUUUUCAUUGCCGAUCGCUACCGAUUUUUCUAAAAUGAUUUUGGGCGUAAAAACUUUUUUUGAAUUAUCAUCCAUGAUUUCAGCCCUCAUCCCCAUCGUAAAAGUUCUCUCGUGACAUUAAUCAUAAUAAAUCGUCUUUUUAACUUACACUGUUAUGCAAUAAUUUGACGUGCGUCCAGCAACCAGUGUAUGAACUAUGCCGAAUUUCUCAUGCUCCAAUCAUGUUAACUUAUUGAAAACAAGAUAUCGUAAAAUGAUUUAAAUAUUAUCAAAUACAAAACAUCAAAUACCUACUGAACUUAUUUUUUUCAACUUAUUAAAACAGUUUAAUCUACGCAAAAUAUUCGAGUGUAAUUACGUUAAUUUUUUGAUAGAAAUUCAUUAUUUUUAUCAUUUUUUCAAUUUUAUUUUUUUUUUUUUUUAACAGGAAUGCUUUUAGUUUUUACUGAUAAUUACGUAUAAUAAAAUGAUAAUAUACACUUAAUAGUAAUUAAGCAAAAAUAUUAAGCCAGUAAUAAAUACAUUAUUUCUUUUCUUCACUAUACUUUCUAAAUUUUAAUAAUUAUGGAUAAUUUAUAAUAUAGAAACUUUUAUAUUAUUGAGCCCAAGCUACUUAGAUCGAGUAUAAAAAGAUUAAUGUAAUGCAACACAACCUGCGAUCGCCCGAUGUGUUAUUUGUAUUAUGUAUAAUUUAUGUAUUGCGCUAUUUUAGCAGAAUUUGUAUACAUCAAUAAACGAUGGCAGCAGAGGAGUAGUAUUGUUCACACAGAGCCUUAGCUGUUGGUUAAACAGGAAUAAAAGUACAAAAAGAUUAUUGAAAAUCAAGUUUUAUACAUACAAACUGAAUGAGAACAUAAACAAAAUGAAAAAGAUUUUAAAAAUAGAAUAAAAGUAUUUUUCAAAUAUUAUUUUUUAAUUAUCAAACAGCAUAUAUACAUUUUUAUAUACAUCCAUGUACUGUAUAUAUAUUUAUAUUUUCUCUUAACAAAUAAAUCAAUAAAUACAAACAAAAUAUUAUCGACGAAAUAUUAUUAUUUACCGCUUAUCGAGCGACAAAAAAUAACCUUUAGUCUGACGUCUUUUGAGAAAAAAAACUAAUUGUAUUAUAAUAAAUAUAAACAAUGGUUCUAACUUGAAUUUAAAGAAUAUUAAAAAAGUGCCAAAAUUUCUUACGGUUAAUACAAAACAAAUUGUAUAAAAAUGUUUUAUUUCUGUCACUCAUUAUUAUUAUAUUAUAUAUGAUAUUAUAAGGUAAUGUUAUUUGAUAAAAUUAGAUAUUAAUUAUAAAUAAUAUAUUAUAUUUAGAAUGCAAAUACAUUAAUGUAACUUAAUUGUAGUUUUUUUUUUUAUGAAAUACUUUAUUUCAAUUUUGUAUUUUUAAUUGUAGAAUUAGAAUAAUUUUUAAGGAUGAAAAGCGGUUGCCGGACCACAGUAAACUUAAGCUCUAUUACGAGGAUAAAAGAGAGAAAAUAAUUUUUUUUUAAUUAAAAUAAUAAACUUAAUAUAUAAUUUAAGUCUAUAUUUUAAAAUUAAUUACUUAUUAGUGUUUUAAAAUUGUAUGAUAAUUUAUUUAUAAUAUUAAGAAUAUAUUUAAAAAAUUAAAUUAUAAUAACUAUACAUUGUAUUCAGAAUGUGUUAAUGGAUAUGAUAUUAAUAACAUUUACACGUUGUAUUAGUAACGUUUACUUUACCUGCAGUUUAUUUCUAGAAUAAUAAAAUGUAAUAGAAUUUUAUUUAUA